AUGACGGAUUCUACCAGUGAUAAUAAUCAGGAUAUUGAUAUAAUAGAGUUUAUCCAAUUAUUAAAUAAAUCGGUAAGGAAUAAAAGGAUUUCUGAACUCGACCUUCCGAACUUAAAUGAUUUAACUGAACCAGUUAGUGAUGGAGAAACAUACACACUACGACUAUGUCGACUUUUAAAUAAAGUUGAACUAUUAACAGUAAACCACGAUCCAGAAAAUUAUAAAAACUGUCGAUUUGGCAAUACUGCAUUUUCAACGUGGCUGGAGGAGGUGACCCAGGUGUGCGACCGGUUAUUUUUGGAAUGUAAGAUAGAAAUACAGUCAGAAAUUUAUGAAAACGCUAAGAAACGCUUCUUAAACUCAUUUGGUAAUAAAACGAGAAUAGAUUACGGAACAGGACAUGAACUUGAAUUUGUAUAUUUUUUAAAGGACCUGUAUACGUGUAAAUUGGUAUCUGAAAAUGAACUGGAGUCAAUAGUAUUAGUUCUGCUCAACAGAUACUUUGAACUCGUAAGGCGUGUGUCGGAGAGGUACACACUAGAACCUGCAGGAAGUAAGGGAGCCUGGGGAGUGGACGACUACCAGUUCCUCCCGUUUAUAUUUGGAUCAUCGCAGCUGGUAUCAAGUACGAUUGAGCCAUCAGAAUGUCUGGACAUAGGCUUUGUGACCAAAUACAAAAAUGAUUAUUUGUUUAUGAGAGCUAUGGAAUAUAAAAUAAAGAUGAUCAAGGGAGUGCCAAUUGAAAUAGGAAGUCCAAUGAUAUGUAACAUAUUAACGUCCUGUACGUGGGAAAAAAUAAACAGUGGCCUCUUCCAACUGUACAUCAAUGAUGUACAAAGGUUAACGGCGAAGAAGAUAGUUGGCCGGUAG